GAUUGGUGCAUAGCAUUGUCAGUCAGGAGCGGGGGCUUGACGAGCGAGGCUGCUCGGUAUGGAGGCUGGUGCUGAGAGCCAGCAGCAAUUGAGGCCUUUUGGCAGUGAACACAGUCUCCUGUCCAGGCCUGAUGGCUCGGCUUGCUUCACACAAGGGGACACGACCGUCCUGGCUGCAGUGUAUGGGCCGGCAGAGGUGAAAGUCAGCAAAGAAAUCUUCGAUAAGGCCACGCUAGAUGUCCUCCUGAAGCCAAAAGUUGGAUUGCCGAGUGUCUCUGAGAAGAGCAAGGAGCAGAUGAUUCGAAACACGUGCGAAGCCACCAUCCUGACUGCUCUCCAUCCGCGCUCCUCUAUCACAGUCGUGCUGCAAGUCAUCCAUGACUCUGGAUCUCUGUUGGCUUGCUGCCUGAAUGCAGCCUGCAUGGCACUAAUGGAUGCUGGGCUGCCGAUGAAAAGUGUUUUCUGCGGGGUCACGUGUGUGAUUGACUCCGACGGAGCCAUCCUCUUAGAUCCAACAACAAAAAUGGAGAAGGAGGCUGCUGCAGUUCUGACGUUUUCCAUCGACAGUGUUGAGAAGCAAUUGCUGAUGUCGUCCACAAAAGGGUUAUACUCUGUUGAAGAGCUCCAACAGUGUGUCGCAAUGUGCCAGAAAGCUGCAGAGAAAAUCUUCCAAUUCUACAGGGAUUCGGUGAGCAGGAAAUACUCGAAAAUGAGUGACUAGAGAUGGGAGCAGUAGAGUGCCUCAGGGUCUUCAGCAAAGCCAAGAGCCAUCAAGUUCAGAAUGAAGCCAACGGACAAUCUCUGAUGGAGAGCAGUGAAUAUUCUGUUUAUAUCCUGGUCCUGAGCCUUCCAUGAUCACUGAGCCCUCGAUGAUCAAUCCUGUGGAUAGCUGUGGGUAUUCUGAGCUGGUCUGAAAGAAACUAACUCUCAGCUGUUUCAGCACUUUGGCACAUUACACACUGUACACUUUGUACACUUGCAAAGCAUGUAUCUGGAGUCAGGAAGAAGAAACUUUUUUUAAAAAAUAAAGUUUAAUGGUGAAGAA